CUAUACUUAACUUAUUUAUUUCAUAGCAGAUGUAAGGUUGAUAAUGUUGCUACAAAUUGAUUAAUACAUUAAAAAACUCUUUCUAUUUUCUGAUACUUAUUUCAACGUUGUCUUCACUGUUUCCGAGUUACAGAAAUUAUUUCUAUAGCUUUUUUUUCUAAUAUACUUAAAGUUGUGACCAGUAUUUGCUAAAGUACAGACAAUCUAAACAGUUGAUGAGGACUUCUUCAGACCACAAAAACCGUUACAAUAAGAAAAAUGAUUGAAAACUGGAUUGAAGAAAAUGAUUGAAGAAUUGGAAACAGUUGUGAUAACAAAGAAAAUUUAAUAUGCAGAUAAGCUUCACAAAACAAAGUAAAGAAUAAAGACUUCUACUGAUACGAACUGCGCAGAAUUCGAUCGAUUUCAUUGGUAGUAGGGAUGAUGAUUAUCCGAUGAGCUUCAAUAACUAUAAUUUAGAUAAUAAUAUUAUUAAAUAUAAUUGCCAACGAAGUAUAGUUUAAAAUAAAAUAUGGGGGAAGAAAUUUCUUCAGAGGUUACGCACCUCACUGGACUUCAGUUUUCAGUUUACCUCAACGAUGAAUAGUUCACUCAAUAAAGUAGUGAAUAAAGAUAUGGAAGACAAUGAGAAAGAUUUAGAUCGUGAAAUUGGGAUGUGUCGUACUAUCAUGAAGAUGUAUGGGCUGUGGAUAUAUGAAAAAAGUAAUCCUUGGAUCGAAACAUUAUGCAAUAUCCAAACAUCAGCUAUUUUUGCUUAUUUGGUCAUCCUUUGCAACAUACCGUGCAUAAGUGCAUUGAUAAAAGUACGAGGCAACUUAAUUCUGAUGUUAGAUAAUUUUAUGGUUACAAUGCCUUUGAUAUGUAUUAAUAUUAAGUUAAUUACACUUUGGAUAAAAAAGAGAGUUCGUACUGAAACCAAUAUCACUGACAUACCAGGCUACCUACUUGCAAUGCAAACUUCUUACUUCUAUGACAUUACUAAAGGUCAUCGGUAUAUUUUGACAAAACUAUCACAAUUAAUAUACUGUAUUAUGGGAGGGCUUUGUAAUACAUUUCCAGAUGGGAUGUUUGGUGUACUAGUACUUCAUACUAAUGCACAAUUGAUAAUUAUUUCUAAACGGCUAAAGAUUACAGUUAUGGCAUCAGAAAUGGACUUCCAUGCUUUUCGAUCAUUGGUAUUGAAGCAUUAUGAAAUUAUUAGAUUUAUUGCUGUAAUUGAAGACAUUUUCAAUCUUUUGAUUCUCUCAUUAGUUUUCUUCUUUACAUUAGUUUUUACAAUUUUGGCAUUUCAACUUGUAACUGCUUUUACUAAUGAUACUAAAAUGCCAUUAUUUCAAACAAGUUUUUACUUGAUGUAUGUGAUGUAUUUCAUGUUCUUGAUGUUUAUUUACUCUUGGGUUGGGCAAAGUCUUAUCAAUCACAGUGAAAAUCUGAAUUUUGUUCUGUAUGACUGUGAUUGGUAUUCUUUACCAUCAAACCAAUCACUCCAGCUCAUGCUGAUUUUACUUCGAUCACAAAAAUCUCUAGUGAUUACAAUAGGAAAAAUGACUCCUGUCAGAUUAGAGAGCUUUCUUCAAUUGAUGAAAACAUGUGCUGGAUAUGUUUCUUUUCUAAUAGCGAUAAAAAAUUAA